GAGUUACUAUGUCACAACAGACCCUUUCGGAUAUUUCUUUGUUUCCAAUAUACAAUAUAAAUAACAAAAAAAAAUAAAGAACACCAAUGUAAAUUUUUGAUGACAUAACUUUCAUAAAAAUAGAUGCUGUAUUUUUCAUUAAUAUACUUUUGAAUAGAAUGUUGACUCAUAUUAUUAACCAAUCAGAUUAUAGUUUUUUAAAUCUAUUUUCCUAUUGGUUAAAAAAUGUAAGCCUAAAAAAUAUAUAUAUAUAUAUGCUACGAAAAAAGAAAAAAAUAACCCAUUUUGAAUUGAAUUCAUUGUAGUAAAUUACAAAUCUUUACUGACAUCUAUUAGCUCUUGUGAAAGAGCAUAGAUUGACUAUUUACCAUUCAUUAAUAUUCUUUAUUGAAUCCUUUCCAGAGAAAACUUUUACUUUCUUACUUACUUACUGUUAUCCUUUGUGGAAGAGCAUAAACCAUCCAGCAAAUACUUUCCAUUCAAUCUUGUUUUGGGUUAUCCUUUCCAGUGAAAACUUUAAUUAUAUGCUUAUUUUAUUAUUAUUAUUAUUAUAAUUCAUAAUGAAUAAUCAAUUAAAUACCAUAAAUAAACAAUCUAAUUUACAAUUAUAUAGAAUAAUUAAACUUGAUAAUAAUAAUAAUCCUAAUCAUAAUAAUCAAAUUUUUACAUUUAUAAUACCAUCACAAUUUAUUAAAGGUUUUUUACCUAGUAUUCAAUCUAAUGAAUUUUAUUAUGCUGGACAUUAUUGGUAUAUACGUAUGGAAUAUGAUAUUCAUACAAAUGAUCAAUCUAAUACUACUCCUACUCCUACUCCUACUACUCCUACUACUACUCAUACUACUACUACUACUCAUACUACUACUCAUAAUACUAAACAAUUUAUUCAAUAUAAUAAACAACCUAUAAAUAUAUCAAUUCAUUUAUGUCAUUUAUCUAAUGGUUUAUUAUGUCAUAUGAAAUCAAUGAAAUUUACUAUACCACAUCAAUUCGAUUAUAGAUUAAAUUUAAUACAUCAAAUUGAUAAUAUUUAUUUUACAAAUAAAAAUUUAUUCUAUCAAUCAAUAUCAUGGAUUCAAAAUAAUUCAAUAUUAUUUAAUCAAUAUUAUUUAUUUGAUAAUUAUACAUGUUUAUUAGAAAUUGAAUUCAUUGAUUUUAUUACAAUUUAUGAAGAACAAUUACAUAUCCCGAAAACAAUUAAAGAUAUAUUACAUGAUCAAUGUAUUGAAUCAACAACAUUUACCUAUUAUAAUAAUGAUUGGAGUUUUAUUAUUGAUUGGAAACAUACUACUAAUAAAAAUUAUAAAGAUAAUCGUCCUAAAUGUUAUCUACAAAAACAUAAUACAUUAAAACAUUGGUUACGUAUACAAUAUAUGAUUUUCAUUGAUUGGUAUCAAUUAGGUCAAUAUAAAACAGAUAUAUUAGAUCAUUUAAUCAAUCCAGAUUAUAGUUCUAUUACUGAACCAUUAUUGAUUGGUGAUAUCAAUUGGUUUGUAAAUCAUACAUUAUCAACUAUAAUUAAAUUAAAACAUAAAAUUUUUAUAAAAAUUUAUUUUUAUUCUAUUACUUAUAUGAAUUUUAUUAAUUUAAUACCAACAUUACCAUAUUAUCAUGAAAAUUGUUGUCAAUUUAUUGAUCCAUAUGGUAUAGAAUGGUUUAUUAUAAGUGAUAUAUUAGGAAAAUUAGUACAAUUGAAAUUAUAUUGUAUAAAUCAAUUGAAUAAUUUUAAUGAUUUCCAAUAUAUUGAUUAUAAUAAUAAUAAUAAUAAUAAUCAAUUUAAUGUACAAGUAAGAUGUACAGCAUGGUCAAUUCAAUUAAUCCCAUAUAAUAAAUCAUUAAAUAAUGUCAAAUCAAUUAGUCCAUUCUAUGUGAUUUAUACUUCAAUGAAUAAUACUACUAAUAAUACUACUAAUACUACUAAUAAUAAUACUACUCAUACUACUACUAGUACUACUAGUACUACUACUACUAAUAGUAAUAUCAAUCAAACAAUGAUAAAACAAAAUACAAAAUUAAAUUAUCAAGAAAUUAUUCUAAAUUUAGAUGUUGAAAAGGUAUGUAGUUCCAAUUUUGGAUAUUCUCGUCCAAGUGAUAAUGCAAUUACAUUACGUAUUGAAUGGUUAUAUUCACAUGUAUUAUGUAGAGGUGAUUAUCAAUAUUAUGAUGAAUUGAUCGCAAAACAACGUUAUCAUCUAUUAAAAGAUAUAAGUAAUAAAGAUUUACAAAAUGAACAUUUAAACAAACUUAAACUAGUUCCAGUUUCAACAUCAACAUCAACAUCAACAUCAACAUUAUCACCAUCAUCUAAAGAGAAUGAUCAAGAGGAUAAUCAUAAUAAUCGAGGAAAAUUAGAAUCAGAAUUCAAUAUUAAUCAUUCUAAUAAACAAUCAUCUUAUUUAAGAAAAUCAUCUGAAAUAUUAUUAUCAUCAUCAUCAUCAUCAUCAUCAUUUAAAAUUAAAAAAACUUCCACACAAAAAGGAUCAAUCUCACCAAAUCAUUCAAUCUAUAGUGGGAAUUCUUUAACAAAUUCACCAAAUAUAAAACAUUUUUUAACACCAUCAGUCAUUAUUAAUGGUCAUUUGAAUUCAGAUAUCAAUCAUUUAAAUUUAAAUGAUAAUAAGGAUGAUGAUGAUGAUGAUGGUGAUUCUUCAACAAAUCAAUCAUGGCGUCGUCAUAGUUCUUGUUUAGAAGAUGUUGGAACAUCAAAACCAAGACAACGUAGACAAUUACCAUCACCUCCUCUUCUACCUCCUCCUGCUAUAUUAGCAUCAUCAUCAUCAUUAUCAUCAUCAACAUCAGGAGUUAUAUUGCCUGGAGAUGUUAAUAUUCAUUCAUCAAAUGAUCGUUUUCAAACAACACGAACAAAUAAUAAUAAUAAUAGUCCACGUUUAUCAUUAAAACAUGAACAUUCGGAUUUUGGUUAUUUUAUCUAAAACAAAAAAAAAAAAGAAAAAAAGUAAAUAAACAACAAAAAAAACAAAAAAAAAUAAUUUUUUUCUGUCUGUGCGUGGGUGUGUGUGCAAUUUUGCUGGGUUUUUUUCUGAAAAAAAUUUAAUUUAUCAAAAUGUUUUUGUGUAUGUGCGUGUGUGUGUGUGUGCGCGAGUGUGUGAGCGUGCGUAGGUGUGUGUGUGUUGUAUGUUUCAUGUAAACCAAACAAACCAAAUUUCUUUAUUUUCAUUAUUUAUUUUAAAUAGAAAAAAAACUAAAUUUUCAUGGUUUCUUUUUUCAUUUUU